AAAUAAACAAAUACCGUUGAUGCGGGUGAUGCGCCAGGGGGGGCACAAACCAGUGUGUGUGGUCACGAUUAACGACGCAAAUAGUUCGUCAUGACCCGAAUCGCGUCGGAAUUUCUCUGAUGACGUGACGCGGAUUGUCUUUACGCCACUAGAAGCUUUUAUUACCCCUAAAGUUGCAAGUUUGCACGUUGGAUAGCCUGCGCAACGGAUUUCUACAAGUGCGUUUUUAGCAAUGCACUGUGCACUUGCGUUUGCAGCUGAGCCGUGUAAAUGAGAGCUAUUGGAUGCCUGUGUCUCCAUCAGUGCCAGUGUUUCUCCAUGAGUUCAGUGACGGUCUUCGGCUGCUCCAAAUCAUUGCGCACGGCGCACCAACCGAAUAAAGACACUCUGUGCUUCGCCUGAGAGCUUAGAGCGUCUUUUAUGAGCACUUUAGCAACUGAGUCACUUGAUUUGACGCGUUUGGACAGGUGUGAUUUUAAACGCAUCGGAUUUCCAGCGCAUCAGGCAGGAUUCAGCACCACGGCUGCGGACAGCUCCCGUUCCCCGGUGACGCGCGUCUGGAUGGCUUCAGCUCGCGCGCCUCUGUCGCUGCUCUGAUCCGCUCCGCUCGCGAUGGCAUCACACGGGUUUUGGUUUCUGGGGGCUGAAAACGCGACGGGAAACGGCAGUCAAAGCCCGAACACUCCCAGAGCAUGGUGCCAGGCGGCGGCCCAGAAAUUCAGCGGAGGCAUCGGCUCCAAAUUAUGUGCUCUGUUAAAUGUCGGGGAGGCUGAGAAAGCAGCUCAAGCCCCAGUUAAAGCCGAGGAUGAGUCUACAGCCGAGAGCUGCGGCUGCAAUAAACCCUGUAACUGCUCCAAAGCCACCGCGUGCUUCUCGGAUCUCUAUUCAACAGAUCUUUUACCUGCACUGGACGGAGACGCGAAGACUAUGAAUUUUCUGCAGGAGGUUGUGGAUAUAUUGCUGGCUUAUAUAGUGGAAUCAUUUGACAGGUCUACGAAAGUGAUUGAUUUCCACUAUCCAAACGAAUUGCUCCAAAGGAAUAAUUGGGAGCUUUCGGACGAACCCGAGACUUUAGACGAUAUUCUGAUCAGCUGCCGCGCUACGCUUAAAUAUGCCAUCAAAACCGCACAUCCCAGGUAUUUCAAUCAGCUCUCCACUGGGUUAGACAUGGUUGGCUUGGCUGCAGAUUGGCUAACCUCCACUGCCAACACCAAUAUGUUCACCUAUGAGGUGGCUCCAGUCUUCGUGCUGUUGGAAUACGUCACGCUGAAGAAGAUGAGGGAGAUCAUUGGCUGGCAGGACGGCCGCGGUGAUGGAAUAUUCUCUCCGGGUGGCGCCAUUUCCAACAUGUACGCCAUGCUACUAGCUCGCUAUAAAAUGUUCCCUGAGGUGAAGGAGAAAGGAAUGUCAUCUGUACCGAGGCUGGUGGCCUUCACAUCUGAACAUAGCCAUUUUUCAAUCAAAAAAGGAGCUGCCGCACUUGGAAUCGGUACAGAGAGCGUCAUCUGCAUUAAAGCUGAUGAGAGGGGAAAGAUGAUUCCAUCCGACCUUGAGAGGAGGAUCAUUGAAGCCAAGCAGAAGGGAUACGUGCCGUUCUUUGUCAGCGCAACGGCCGGCACCACGGUUUAUGGUGCCUUUGAUCCUUUGAUCGCUAUAGCGGACAUCUGUAAGAAGCAUGACGUCUGGAUGCAUGUGGAUGGAGCAUGGGGUGGAAGUCUGCUAAUGUCCCGGAAACACCGGUGGAAGCUGAAUGGAGUUGAGAGGGCUAAUUCUAUGACCUGGAACCCUCAUAAAAUGAUGGCUGUGCCCUUGCAGUGCUCUGCUCUUCUGGUUCGAGAGGAGGGACUGAUGCAGAGCUGCAAUCAGAUGCAGGCCUGUUAUCUGUUCCAGCAGGACAAGCAUUAUGACCUGCAGUAUGACACAGGGGACAAGGCCCUGCAGUGUGGACGUCAUGUGGACAUCUUUAAACUGUGGCUGAUGUGGAGAGCUAAGGGCACGAUUGGUUUUGAGGCUCAGAUCGACAAAUGCCUGGAGCUUUCCGAAUAUCUCUACAACAAGAUUAAGGACAGGGAAGGAUAUCAGAUGGUGUUUGAUGGAAAGCCGCAGCAUACCAAUGUGUGUUUCUGGUACCUUCCACCGGGCGUGCGCUACCUGGAGGACAAAGUGGAGAGAAUGAAACGCCUGCACAAGGUUGCUCCUGUAAUCAAAGCCAGAAUGAUGGAGUACGGCACGACCAUGGUGAGCUACCAGCCACAGGGAGACAAGGUCAACUUCUUCCGCAUGGUCAUCUCCAAUCCAGCCGCUACCUUCGAAGACAUUGACUUCCUCAUUGAAGAGAUCGAGCGACUGGGGCAGGAUCUUUAAAACUCACCGCACCAAAACCUGUUACUCUCGUGUCCCUGGAUGGAUUGCAUAUUUGUUGUGAAUGUAACGGUAAAUCUCUGAUUCCUCUUCUCCAAAGUCACAUUUAAAAAAAACUAAUGAUAAUAUGAAAAUAUCUAGAUUAUAGUAUUGUAGCGUUGUUGUGGGCUUCAUGGUCCAGAGCCCUGUAAAAGUGUUACCGUCUGCUUUUACUGUCUAUCUUAGUGUCUUUGACAUGACUUUGUUUGUUUACAUGUUUAUUGAGAAUAUGAAGAGUUAUUUGCUUCUAUUCGGUGCAGGUCAUACGUUUCUAUCUGAACAGUUAUUCAAAGUGCCAGAUUGCAUUAAUAUGUAUAUAUACGUGGCUAUAGUAUGAUAGUAGAGACAUAUUUAUCCAAAAGCACUUCAUCAUUUCUGUCAAGAAUUAAAAUAGCCUCAAAAAUCAGGCAUUUGUAGUUGAAAAGUAAGUAAAAAAAUUUAAAUUGGGUCCUUUAUAUGGUUCUACGCUUCUAAAAGCUGAUAAAUUAACAUUAAAUAUAUAUAAAAAUGUAAAUAUUAACUUGUAUGCUCUAAUAAACAAAUCCCAAAAUAUUUAUCCUGAUCACAAUAUAAGAAUUACCCGUCCACCUUAAAAUAUGUGCAAUCAUCAACAAUAUUCAAUGUUCUUUUGCUUGGAAAUGUAUUAUUUCCAAUUGUAUAAAUUGCAAUGGUGGUUAAAUAAAGUAAAAUAAGAAUAAAUAUAAUAUCCAUUCUUUAAACAAUAGCAUAUGCACAUCAUAUACAGUAUUUAAAAAAUAAAUAAAACAAAUUUAAUAUAAAUACCUUCGCUUCCCUACAUACUCUACACAAUCGCAAUAGAUUUCUUAAUUUACCGACCCAUCCAUGCACUUAUUUAGCUUUCUUAUACAAAAUGAUAGAUAUUUCAGGGUAUUAACAGAGCUAAAUUUAAUGUCAUAUAUAUAUAAACUCUAAAAAGAAAAGAAUGCAUAAGCAUACGUAGGGUUAUGCCCUAUGAUAGUGUGUAAAUAGUCUUUUAAGAUGUUCUUGAUCAAGUACAUAUCUAUGUGAAUACAUCACUGUAUUGUAUAUACGCAGAGUCUAUUUGUGUGGUAAAUAAUAUUAUUUUCUCUAUUCAAGAAAUAUUUAAUCCUAAAUGGUAGAUGCGUGCUGCUUGUGUGUGUGUGUGUGUGUGUGUGUGCGCGUGUUGAAUAUGAUGACUUACGUAACUGCAAAGAUAUGUGUAUGGAGGAUCCAGUGCAUUUUAACACACUUACUCGAAAUGAUUAUUAUUAUAGCACAUUUGGAGAGCCAUUUCUGAACCGAUGCCGGUUGUAUUCGUGCCCAAGUGGUUAACUUGACAUCCUGUGCCGAUUUGUAUUUUUGUGUGUUUGUAAGUGUAUUGCCUUAGUAUUAAUUGCCAGUAUUGUCCAGUUCUCCUAAAGAGGAGCUUGUGCACUUUAGCUUCUAUGUAUGAUGAUCUGUCCAAUGGAUGUUCUUAGUUUGAUGUUUUAAGAAACUGAGCGUUGUCUGAAUGUGUCCAAGUCUUGGUCAUCCAUUUUGGAUGAGAGUUGCUUUAUUGCUAAAAUCAUUUGUAGAUUUGCUAAUGCUAUCUUUCUACCUGCUGGAAAAGCACAACUGAAAGUAGCACUGCAAAGAAUGAUGUCCUUACCUAAGGUUUUUGUUGUUUUUCCAGUACACAUAUCGACAUUAUAAAAAAGCAAGAAGCAUCUACUUCAGACUCACUUGAGAUAAUGAAUCUAGUGGUCUUGAAAUAUCAAUCCAAAUUAGCUAAAUUUGCUUUGAAAACAAAAACAAAUGUGCCAAAGGGGUCAGACAAAUUAAAAUAGAAAGGAAAGAAAGGUUAUUUUCCUCACCUCACUGGCAAUCAAAAAUAAACUACAUUUUGAGACGUGUUUUAGUCAACAAGACUUGGGGUAAGAUUUAAUAAACAGCAAAUUGGCUUGAGGAUACACUUCUGUGAAACUCCCUACUGAUGGCAGUGUGCUUCUGAUUCUCAUGAUGGUAAACUUUUUAAGAAUUUUGGUUGUCAUUUACAUCAGUGGUCCCCAACCAUUUUACCAAUGCAGACCAGUCAACGCUUGACAGUUUUACUGUGGCCAGGGUAGGGUGGGAAGAAUCGGGGGUUGGUGUAUGACUGGGGGCUGGGAGGUUCGGUGUAUAUAUAUUGCUAGGGGAUCAUCAACCAUUUUCUCAGAGAAUGACGAGCUGACAAAACAUUGCUGCAACUCUGAUACAAGUUUUAUUAAUAGGGAAAAUUAAAAAGCACUGCAGAUUUUGGCUGUUCUGUGUCUGUCUGAUAUAAUUAGUCUGCUGAAAUGUGUAUAUUCCAUAUAAAGUAUGAAGCUAAUUGGAUAGUUCUUGUCAUUUGAUUCGCGUUGGUCUGAAAAAAAGAUGGUUUCAACUUGGGAUGCCUGGAAGGCACGAGCGCAUCGCUCCCAAUAUACGUUCACAAUUGAAAAUGACGCGAUAUGUGAAUGGCCCUAAAGCUGCCGCCAUUUGCAAUCUCCAGCAGUUGAUCUUCUUGCUGGAUUCACCUGAUUUGUUGACAAAUUGGUUGCGGAUCCAUUCAUUUGCAGUUUGUGGGUCCUUCACUGGGCCAUUUGCCCUUCACAAAGAAACUUUCCAAAGACGUCAGUUUCUUACUCAUUUUGCUGCUUGUGGGUUAAAUUUUGUCACUCAAGUGACCGAGAUGUAACCAAGAGAAUACGGUCAUUUUUUUAAAUAAAAGAUUGUUUAGACUCAGAUAAUAAAUAAUCACAGAAAUAAUAUUGAUUUCUUGUGCUGCCUGAUAUCAAUUGAUCCACGGACCAGUGCUGGUCCAUGGCCCAGUGAUUGGGGACCACUGAUUUACAUGAGAUCAGCAUUUCAAUAAUCAUUUCACUGUUAUCGUCUCAGCGUAAACUCCAAAAAUGCUAAUUUGUGAAAAUAUGAUGAACGCGUUCAAAACUUGCUCUAAAUGUGAAGUGCUAAACUGAAAUAGCUGUGCAUUUACACUGUAAAUAGCUGUUACUUUAUAAAAGUGAGUAAGCGUUGCCUUAAUAAGAACAAGUUGACUUUAAAAAGUGAGUAAAUACUGUGUAACUUGAAAUGGUUACGUUGACCUAACUUAAUUUUCCAUAAUUAUGCACAUAUUCAAUUACUUAAUAAUUUUAAGGCAAUGGGUUUACUCACUUUUGAGUACAAUCAACUAAUCAUGAUAAAAGUAAAGGGUUUACUCUCUUUAAGUAAAGCAAACUAAUCAUGUUUUACAGUGUAGCUGUGAAUGCAAGCCUUAUUAAUUCACUAUGUUUUCUUAUUUAAUUAGUCUUGUUUCAUACAUUUUCUGGAAAAUUCCAGCCCAAUCCAAUGAACAAACCUAACUAUUUUAGGGACUGUCAGAGGCGACACAGUGGCUCAGUGGUUGUCGCCUCACAGUAAGGUCGCUGGUUCAGUUGGCAUUUCUCUGCGGUUUCCUCCCCAUGCUCCGGUUUCCUUCACAGUCCAAUGACAUGUGCUAUAGGUGAAUUGAAUAAACUAAAUUAGCCGUAGUGUAUGGGUGUGUAUGGAUGUUUCCCAGUACUGGGUUGCAGCUGGAAAACUGUGUAAAACGCAUGCUUGAUAAGUUGGCAGUUCAUUCCGCUGUGGCAACCCUUUAUGAAUAAAGGGACUAAGGUGAAGGAAAAUGAAUGAAUGAAUGAAUGAAUUGUCAGAAAAGUGGUUGAUUUGUACGGAUUCAUAAGAUUUCAUUGUCUGAUUUUUAUAAGGAGUUGUACCCCCAAACUCUACCUCUAAACCCAACCAUCAUUGGGGGAUGAGGAAAUUUUACUCAAAUGUACAGAUGAAAUGUACAAAAUUCAUAUGAAUUAGCCACUAAAUCAAACAGUUAUGAAUUUCUAUGAGAUUGUUUUGGAAGCUCCAACAAAUCUACCAUAAAUGCAGCUAGGGACUUCCUCGCUACAUCAUUAAGUUUUGUGUAGUGCAUCUUUUUAAAAUGCUAAGCUAGCAGUUAGUAAAUCUGACCCUUAAUAUUUUACCUUAAGUAAAUGUUUCUUGAUUUUAAGAAUGUUAAGAAAUUUAUACUGGAAAAGAAGACAGAAGUACUGAGCACAUCAUUUUUUUGCAGUGAGCUAAUAUGGUUCUAGCUAGCAACAAGCUAACCCAACAAGCUAGCUGCUUUUUCAGCAUGGAAGGAAUGCUAAAUUUGUAGUUUUUUGAGAUACCAGUGUUUUUUUCUGUCUCUUUUCAGGAUCGACAAGCUGUGUCACAUAGUUUGUGUAACUUUAUGCUCUUGUAAUCAUGACAAACACAUCGACAUCCUCACUGUGGUAGUCUUGGAACGCCUUUGUGCCGUCUUUCCCCGCUGCUGCUGCUACAAACCUGCUCUCUUUGCACGUGCAUGAACGCCUUGCCUUUCAAGCUUGUGAAAUACAAUCCCAAAUAUUCAAAUCUAUCUAUCUAUAUAUAGUGGAACCUGGUGUUAGUUUUAGUGGCAAUAUGGAUAGCUUAGCUUCAAAUAUAUAUAGUACUCUGUCGCUAUAGCUU